CUUACUCUUUCUUUCUUUUUUUUUUAUUUUACGGGAAAAAAGAAAGAUCUAAACAUGGAAAAGACUAUUAACGAACCCACAAAUACGACCAACACAGCUAAUACUACUAUUACUACUACUCCUGAAAAAGAAGAUCAACCCGUCAAGAAGGAACAACCACAAACUGUGCCAGCACCCAUUCCUGAAAAGAGUGCUUGGAAAGUAACCAAGAAUCCGACUGAAGCCGAAAAGAAUGAAGCUGCUGUUGCUGAUUGGCCUGCACCCAAAGAGGCCGCUACAACUGAACCAAGCAAUACCAACGAAGAGUCGGAAAAAUUAGUUGCUCCCAAAGUCAAGAGCAAAGGCCAAUGGAAGCCAUUUACGCCUACUAUUGUCCAUGCACCCCGAUCAGGCCGCAAACAUGGUCGUCGUCGCUCAGCUGCGGGUGACCGUCAUAGUAAAAAAUCUGAGGGCCGUCGUGGAUCAAAGCAACAAAAGGAUCAGGCAAAAGAGACAAAAAGCGCUUCUACUGCCCCUGUUGUCAAUGAAACCAAGGGCAAUACUGCCGUCGGUAGUGAUAAAAAGAAAGAUGAAGAAAAGAAAGCAUCUCAACCACAAACACAACAACAACAAUCUCAUCAUCAUCACCACCAAACUAACAAAUCUCGAUCGAGAAAGCCAUUGUACCAUAAGCCUUAUCACAAGACACCUGCCUUUGUUCAAGUCGAUGCAGAAACAUUGAAAGUUUACAUCAUGCAGCAAAUUGAGUAUUACUUUAGCAUUGACAACCUUUGUAAGGAUCUUUAUUUAAGAAAGCAAAUGGAUUCAAACGGUUUUGUCGACUUGUCCUUUGUUGCCAACUUCAACCGUGUUAAGGGAUUAACGACUGAUCUUGACUUGAUUCGUGAAGCACUUGAUAACAGCCAAGUCGUCGAACGUAAAGGCGAUAAGAUUCGCAAGAGAGAAGGAUGGGAGCCUUGGAUCAUGCCCGCUGUUGUCCCUGGACCACAGCCCGUGAAUCCUGCACCUAUUCUCAAGACAGGUCCUACAGCCGCUGAGGUCGUCAAGCAAAACACCUCCUCCAAUCCUCAACCUACUUUGGCUUCCUUGGCUGGCACCAGCUUGCUUCCUUCGUCCUCACCCAUCGAACGUCGCAAGUCGGUCAGCAAGGACACAUCAAAGGAAGAUGAGGACUUGUUUGAUUUUGAAGAUGACGAUUGGACAGAUGGUAGCCGUAAGGAUACGGUAAAGAAAUACUACCUCUCUGAAGACGAAGAAGAGGAGGAAGAUGAUCUUGAAAUGGAUGAUGAGACGGUUGCCCGUAUCAUGAUCGUUACACAACGCAAGCAAGACCGUACACAUACCAACUAUAACCGUGCAAAGAUCAAUGAAGAUAUCUCUGAAAUGAUCAAUGAGGGCCUUUAUCAGUAUGAGAGCGGCCUUCGCACGUAUACACAAAGUAAUGUCAAGGUUGGCUCUGUUGGUAAGGAACAAUUUGAUCAAUUAAAGUCUCGUGAAGUACAUCAUAACGGUGAGCAAGUUGGCGCUCAAAUCUCAACAACAACCAUCCACGCCAAGCCUAUCAAGAACGACAAAGCUCCUCGAUUCUAUGCUGUUCGUCCUGAGUCACUCCCUAGCUCAGCCUUCUUUGGCACAACGCCUACACGCAAAGGUGCCAAUCAUGAUCACGCUCAUGUCGGUUGGGUCUUGUCUGAUCAACCUUAUCACUACAAUCCCAAUGACUUCUUAUCCACAAGCUAUGGCAAGUCACCUGCUGAAGGUUUACUUUCUACUUCUGUUGAUAUGGCACACUCCUUUGGCGCCUUCCAACAUCCUAGCCAUGAACUCUUGCGUGAAAAUGGCUUUGUUCAACACAAAUACCAUAAAUAUCAUGCCAAAGCAUUAAGAGAACGUAAGAAGUUGGGUGUUGGCCAUUCACAGGAAAUGAACACCUUGUUCCGUUUCUGGUCUCAUUUCUUACGUGAUCACUUUAACAAGCGCAUGUAUAAUGAGUUUAAGAGAUUGGCAGUUGAAGAUGCUAAUCAAAACUACAGAUAUGGUUUGGAAUGUCUCUUCCGAUUCUAUUCUUAUGGUCUUGAAAAGACUUAUCGUAAAGAAUUGUUCCAAGACUUCCAAGAAUUGACUUUGGCUGACUAUGAUCGUGGUCAUCUUUAUGGUCUUGAAAAGUUCUGGGCAUACAACUAUUAUCGUAAAGAUAAGAACAAGAGAAAGCUCAAGUUCAAUGAACGCAUGACAGAAUUAUUGAACAAGUACAAGACGAUUGAAGAUUUUAGAAAUUCUAAAGUAUCAAAACAAGUGCCAGAUGAUACUUACAAGGUUCCUCAUCACGGCAAACCUAGAGGAAGUGUCAGUGGUCCCUCUUCUAAUCACACCUAACUUUUUUUUUUGAUAAAAACGACCAAAAAACAACAAAAAAAGGAAAAUAUUGUAGAUCAAAAACAAUCCAAAAAAAAAAGAAUACAAGCUGCCAUAUAGAAACGAUUACAAAAAUCUGUGAAAUUUAUAUAUUUGUUUAUUUUAUUAUUAUAUUUUAUAAACCUUUUUUUUUUUUUCCUUACAAA